AUGGCUGGUCAACUGGCUCAAGGAGGUGUUCUCUCCCUGCUGCUCUUCCUAACACCAGCAGUGACCCCAACAUGGUACGCAGGGUCUGGCUACUCUCCAGAGGAAAGUUACAAUGAAGUAUAUGCAGAAGAGGUCCCAGCCGCCCGCACCCUGGACUACCAAGUCCCCAGAUGGUGUUAUACAUUGAAUAUCCAGGAUGGAGAAGCCACAUGCUACUCACCAAGGGGAGGAAAUUAUCACAGCAGCCUAGGCACACGUUGUGAGCUCUCCUGUGACCGUGGCUUUCGACUGAUUGGACGGAGGUCGGUGCAAUGCUUGCCAAGCCGCCGUUGGUCUGGAACGGCCUACUGCAGGCAGAUGAGAUGCCACGCACUGCCAUUCGUCACUAGCGGCAGCUACACCUGCACAAACGGGGUGCUGCUCGAUUCCCGCUGUGACUAUAGCUGUGCCAGUGGCUACCACCUGGAAGGUGAUCGCAGUCGCAUCUGCAUGGAAGAUGGACGAUGGAGUGGAGGCGAGCCUGUAUGUGUAGACAUAGAUCCACCCAAGAUCCGUUGUCCUCACUCACGUGAGAAGAUGGCAGAGCCAGAGAAACUAACUGCUCGCGUAUACUGGGACCCACCCUUGGUGAAAGAUUCUGCUGAUGGUACUAUCACCAGGGUGACACUUCGUGGCCCAGAGCCUGGUUCUCACUUUCCUGAAGGAGAGCAUGUGAUUCGUUACACUGCCUAUGACCGAGCCUACAACAGGGCCAGCUGCAAGUUCAUUGUAAAAGUACAAGUGAGACGCUGUCCGGUUCUGAAGCCACCACAGCAUGGCUACCUCACCUGCACCUCCGCGGGGGACAACUAUGGUGCCACUUGUGAAUACCACUGUGAUGGUGGCUAUGAACGCCAGGGCACCCCAUCUCGAGUCUGCCAAUCAAGUCGACAGUGGUCAGGAUCACCACCUAUCUGUACUCCUAUGAAGAUUAAUGUCAAUGUCAACUCAGCUGCUGGCCUCCUGGAUCAGUUCUAUGAGAAACAGCGGCUCCUCAUAGUGUCAGCUCCCGACCCCUCCAAUCGAUACUACAAAAUGCAGAUCUCCAUGCUGCAGCAAUCCACCUGCGGACUGGACCUGCGGCAUGUGACCAUUAUUGAGCUGGUGGGGCAACCACCUCAGGAGGUGGGGCGCAUCCGGGAGCAACAACUAUCAGCCAGCAUCAUUGAGGAGCUCAGGCAAUUCCAGCGCCUCACUCGUUCCUACUUCAACAUGGUGUUAAUUGACAAGCAGGGUAUUGACCGGGAACGCUACAUGGAACCUGUCACCCCUGAGGAAAUCUUCACAUUCAUCGAUGACUACCUGCUGAGCAACCAGGAGCUGGCCCGGCGUCGGGAGCAAAGGGAUGUCUGCGAGUGA